AUUCAAAGAAAGAACAAUGACUCAUCGGUGAUGCAACUAAAAGAGGAAUUUCGUAAAUUCGAAGCACUUCAACUUGAACAUGACACCCAAAUAAUCAAAAUAGCCUGUGAAGCAGGCUUACGAAUAUCACCGGACCAGUGGUCAUCGUUGCUGUACGGUGAUCAACAACAUCGAUCUCGUAUGCAAAGCAUUCUCGAUAAAGUUAGCUUUUAA